UAAAUUUGGGACCAAAUGACGUGGCGCUUCUCGAGCCUUCCACUGCCUGCGUGUUCGUUUCAGGGCCCUCCACGUGUCCUCCAACCUCAUUCCCACGAGCUUCGCACCUCCCUCUUUAAAUACGUGCUGGAAGCCCGCAAGCAAGGCAUCAGCAAUUCUUGCUUCUACGCUCGCUACCUCCUUCCCUUCCGAAGAGUAGAUUCGUUCGUAGUCCGUCACAGAGCUUACGCCGGUGAUUUUGAGCCGUCGAUCAUGGCUUCUGGGGCGAUGAGUUACUGGAGAACGAUGCUGAGUCGAAUCGGAGGCACUCGUGGGGUUUCGACGUCAGCACCGACGAUGACAAUUCCAGCCACGUUGGACGCCCCUUACCCCAAGAUAUGGACUAUGAAAGGGGAAUUCGUACCUGUGUAUGUAGCAUUGGGGAUGAUCGUACUGUCAUUGUCGUUCGGGGCUUACACAGCAAAGCAUCAGCUGUUGUAUGCUCCUAAUGUCUACGUAAGCAAGAAGAAGAGAGAGGAGGUGCCUGAGGUUGUGGAACCUGAUUACGUGGUAGAUGAAGCUGAUAAGUUCAUCACAAAGUCUUUCUUCAGGAAGGUGGCCCACAUCCAGGGCCCCAGCAAAGUCUACGUCGAAGCCAACCCGAUCCAAGGUGAUCCUUCCAAGAGCCCAAAACGUGCGUAGACAUUGAAAUCCGUCGGUGUGGAUCCUAUGGCUAUCUAAGCAGGCGAUUGUAAAUAUGAAAAAGACGGUUCUCAGGCAAACAGCUACUUCAUUUCUUACUUUUUCAUGUUGUUGUAACUAUUGUGUAAAGUGUAAUAACCCGUGCAUGAAUGCUGGCUUGAGACUCUACUUUCCCAA